UCCGCAGCUAAACGGGAAAUGGCAGCGCUGCUCCGCCGGGAAACUCAUAAAAAAGGUUGAGAAUUGCAGCGAACAAGCAAUUUUUAUCAAGAAAGAGAGCGGGAGGAAGCGAUGAGUGUGUUUGGAGGAGACAGUUGGGGUCGGGAGGCUCAGUACAGGAAGCGAAGAGUGGAUGAUCUGAUAAUCGAAGGAAUUGAUGGGUGUGGUUAUAAGAAGCUCCCCAACGGCAAGUUGGUUUGCCUGCUCUGCCCCCACCAUCCCGUCCUUGACACCCCUUUAAUGCUUUCCCAGAUGCAUGUGAAGGGGUCACGCCAUCGAGCUGCAGAGUCCGAACAGAAGGAAAGAGAAUUAUCGAGACAAUAUCAGAUAAAUAAGAGGAUUGCAUUGGCAGAUUCCUCUAGUACUGCUGUUUCCAGCACUAGUUCUGAAGUAAGAUGUGGAUCCACAAAGACGCCUUUAAUUGAGCAGGUCCACAAAGCUGCUUCUGAGAUACUUGCUGGAGAAUCUCCUCAGUGCAGCACAAUGGAUAAAAGUCCAGAUGUCCGAUCAGAUAUCUGCUACUAUAAAAAAGAAAAUCAAUCUAUUGCAAAGAGCAAUGCCACCGAAGUCGUAGCAGCUCCUGAAGUGGCCUUCCAGCAGCAAUUGGAUUAUAAAAAUCGUCGUGAGAGGGAGCUUAAGCUGAUUUCAGCUGGGUGGAAGCGUGAUGCCCAUGGCCGGUGGUUCAAGGAUGAAAAUGUGUUUGCUUGCAGGUUGAGUUUGAUUCUGAUGAGGAAGAUCCAAAUGUUUAUCUUGGACAGUGAGUGGGGGAAAAUCAUGAUUGAGCUUAUGAUUUCUGAUCCCCCUGUAGCACUGAUAAUGGCAUGAAAAUUCACUAACUGCCUUCUGCGCAUGAAAAAAUUGCUGAGUGCUGCACAAUUGUGUUGCUCUGCAUGGCUUGUGUGGGAGAGGGGGACUAGGAGGCUCGGUUGAAGCUGGUUCAGCAAAAGUAUAAAAUUCAGCUAAACUGAAGAGUCCAGUUUUUAUGAUGUUCUGUAGCAAAAGCCUGGUUGGUGUAGUUCGGAAUUUAGAUGAACUUGAGACAUUAACUGAAGUUGGGAUCUUUUAUCUGACGAAGUAAAGGCAUCUUUUUGAGCUC